ACCACGAGCCAUCCUCCCCUCGGGCCGCGUGUCCCUCACGCUGAUUGGUAGAAAGUUACUGUGGGAAAGAAAGUUUGGGAAGUUUCACACGAGCCGUUCGCGUGCAGUCGGAGAUAUAAAUAAGACCAACACGAAGCUGAGGCAGGCAGUUGCUACGACCGCUGGCAAACGGUGAAAUCAGAGACUGUGACAUCAUUGCCGCACCAGUUGAACUCGGGACACUUCGUGCGGAUAUCCAUUCAUAGUUGGAACUGUAUAUGCGUACAGCGUUCACUCUAGUAGAAGAUACAGGAGGAUUUCUUUUAUAAACAAAUCUCAAAGGAUACUUCCCAGUGAAGAUGCCUGCCGAUAUCAUGGAAAAAAACUCCUCGUCUCCGGUUGCCGCGACUCCGGCGAGCAUGAACACUACACCUGAUAAACCCAAAACGGCUUCAGAGCACAGAAAGUCUUCUAAACCCAUUAUGGAGAAAAGAAGAAGAGCGAGAAUCAACGAAAGCUUGGGUCAGCUGAAAACGUUAAUCUUGGAUGCUCUAAAAAAAGAUAGCUCCAGGCACUCUAAACUUGAGAAAGCGGACAUCCUGGAGAUGACAGUGAAACACCUCAGAAACAUGCAGCGGGCACAAAUGACCGCUGCCCUGAACACGGAUCCCACCGUUCUUGGGAAAUACAGGGCUGGAUUCAGUGAAUGUAUGAACGAGGUGACCCGGUUCCUGUCUACCUGUGAAGGGGUUAACACCGAGGUCAGGACCCGGCUGCUGGGUCACUUAGCCAGCUGCAUGACACAAAUCAACGCUAUGAAUUAUCCAACACAGCACCAGAUACCUGCCGGGCCUCCUCAUCCAUCCUUCAGUCAACCAAUGGUUCAAAUCCCCAGCGCGACUCAGCAAGCCAACGCUGUGCCUCUUAGCGGAGUCCCUUGCAAAAGCGGGGCUUCCUCCAACUUGACUUCUGACGCAACAAAAGUAUACGGAGGUUUCCAGCUUGUGCCGGCAACGGACGGACAGUUCGCCUUUUUGAUUCCCAACGCUGCCUUUGCUCCAAACGGUCCCGUUAUUCCAGUGUAUGCCAACAAUUCCAGCACACCGGUUCCGGUGGCCGUGUCUCCGGGAGCACCGUCCGUCACGUCAGAUUCCGUUUGGCGGCCUUGGUAGACUAUGAAAAAAAGAAAGAAAGAAA